AUGGCCUAUAUUCUGCCAAAUCUUUCUCCAACUCUGCUUCAAUCUAAAGAAAAAUCCCCGGCUAUUGUUUUUCACCAACAAUGUUCUUCUUCUCCUCUUAGUUCCCCAUCCCCAGUGUUAAGUUCUUCCGUUAAUACUCAGACCAAGCUUGAGCCGCCUCCACCUCGGGGUCUAGCGCAGGUGAACCGGACCCCAGGUGCGCAGGAUAAGAACCAGAACCAGAAGGAUGAAUUUUAUGUUAACCUAGGUUUAGCUGUACGGACACUUCGUGAAGACCUUCCUGUAAUCUUCACCAAAGACCUUAAUUAUGGCAUUUACAGGGAUGAUAUAACGUUUGUGGACCCUUUGAACACGUUUACUGGAAUUGAAAAUUACCAAUUGAUAUUCUGGGCAUUGAGAUUUCACGGUAGAAUUUUAUUCAGAGAAAUUUCAUUAGACGUGCUUAGGAUUUGGCAGCCGUCUGAGAAUACGAUACUCAUCCGAUGGAACUUGAAGGGCGUCCCUCGGGUUCCUUGGGAGGCAAAUGGACAAUUUCAGGGCACAUCACGAUAUAAAUUGGAUAGAAAUGGGAAAAUUUACGAGCACAAGGUUGAUAAUCUGGCAUUUAAUUUCCCACAGCCAUUGAAACCUGCAGCUUCAGUUUUGGAUAUGGUUGCUGCUUGUCCAGCUAGUCCAAAUCCUACAUUUUUGUGGGGUCCUAUGGACGUGCAUUCAUCAUCUUGGGUGGAACUUUAUAGGGCUGUGAAGGAGGCGUUGGAUAGCCAAGGAUCGAUGAUUGCUCAAGAUUGCUUAGCUACUUGUUCAUAG